AAGAGACUGAUUACUCAAUAACAACCAUUUACACCCACACGUCAUGCAUACACACUUACAUACAUGCACAUGCAUUCCAUUAGAGAUAGGGUGUAGUGGCAGAGACUGAGUCUCUGGCUGACAAUGGCAUGUAGAAUAUGUCACAGUGUUCUUGUGACUGGAUCAAACCGAGGAAUUGGACUUGAGUUUGUUCGCCAGUUGGUUGAUUCACCUUUGGGUCCAGUUAAAAUAUUUGCCGGUUGUAGAGACCCAGAUGGACCAAGAGCACAGGAACUCCAUGAACUAGCUCAGAAGCACCAAGAUGUGAUCACAGUUGUCAAACUUGACAUUGGUAGUUCGGCUAGUAUUAAAGAGGCCGCAAAGCUGGUGGAAAAUGAGGUCCAGGACAAAGGCUUGAAUCUGAUCAUCAACAAUGCGGGUGUGAAUAUACCAGGAUCACUAGCAGACACGGAAAAAAGUACGAUGGUCGACGUGUAUACAACUAAUGUUGUCGGACCCAUGAUCGUCGCAAAGGAUUUCCGUGCUCUCCUAUGUAAGGCUGCAGCUCAAUUUUCUCAUCAAACAAUUAUGUCUUGCAAAAGAUCGGCAAUCAUCAAUGUCUCCACGCUGCUGUCUUCCAUCACCAUUUGCCCUGAAAAUUUCUCCCUUGCGCCAAUGUACCCCUACCGAGUUAGCAAGGCUGCACUGAACAUGUUAACACGCUGCUUGGCAGAGGAUUUAAAAAAUGAUGGCAUACUUGUUAUGGCCCUCCAUCCAGGAUGGGUUCAAACAGAGAUGGGAGGUUCAGAGGCUCCACUUACAGCAGCUGAAAGUGUCAAAGGCAUGCUGGAAGUCAUCGCAAACCUCACAGAGAAAGAAACUGGAACUCUUUUAGAUUGGAAAGGCAAUAGCAUCCCAUGGUGAUUACUCAACUUGUGUGUCAGUUGUGUUAUGUUUAACAUACUUUCACAUUGUUGUCUGGAGCUGUCUUAUAUCUGAGGCAUAUCUUCCUGCUACAAAUAACAUUUUAUACUAUACACGAUGUAAUAUGAUCACAGAAGUCUGUAAUAUAGUAAUGCUGAAUGUGUAUUGCAUUUGUAGUCGUCACAUUAAACUGUGUGUUAUGUAAAAUAUAAAAAAAACUUUAUAAAAACAAA